AUGGUUUUAAAGAAUAAAACAUCCAAUAUCUCUAAAUAAUUACAGUAAAAAGUAAAUAUAAAUUAAGUAUAAACCGCAAAUGUUUCAAGAAAUUUGUCUUAUUAAAGUUUAUUACCUUCUCCUAAAAAUUAUUAAGGCAAUAAAUAGGAGUAUGUUAUUGGUAAAGGAGGAUUUGGAAAAGUUUGGAGAGUAGAAAAUAAGAAAACUAAAUAAAUUUAUGCCAUGAAAGAAAUGCUUAAAUCAAAAAUCAUAACAAAAAGAAGUGUUAACUCUGUUAUGAAUGAAAGAAAUUUACUCUGUUACUUAAAACACCCAUUUUUAGUAAAUAUGAAUUAUGCAUUUUAAGAUAGAGAAAAUCUUUAUCUAUUAAUGGAUUUAGUAAAUGGAGGUGACUUAAGAUUUCAUUUAGUUAAACAUAGGCGAUUUAGUGAAAAUUAAACAAAAUUUUUUUUAUGCUGUAUUAUAUUAGCAUUAGAAUAUUUACACAAUAAUAAUGUUAUUCAUAGAGAUGUAAAACCUGAAAAUCUAGUUCUUGAUAUAGAUGGAUAUAUAAAGUUAACAGAUUUGGGAGUUGCAAGAGUUUGUUGUGAAGAUAAUGCAUAAAACACGUCUGGAACUCCAGGAUAUAUGGCUCCUGAAGUUAUGUGUAGACAAAAUCAUGGAAUCGCAGUUGAUUAUUUUGCUUUAGGUGUUAUUGCUUAUGAAUUUAUGAUUGGAAAGAGACCUUAUUAAGGUAGAAAUAGAAAAGAAAUAAAAGAUUAAAUUUUAUCAAAAUAAGUAUAAAUAAAAUAACAUGAAAUUCCUUACGGAUAUUCUAAAGAGGCUGCUGAUUUUAUUAAUAAAUGUAUUUAAAGAAAACCAAACAAUAGAUUAGGUUUUAAUGGACCAUAGUAAGUAAAGAAUCAUCCAUGGUUUAAAAACUUUAAUUGGGAAUAAUUAAUAAAUAAAAAAUUAUAAGCACCUUUUAUUCCAAUACCUAUAGAAGAAAAUUAUGAAUAUAUAUAGUAAAUUUCUGAAGAUGGAAUUGAUUCUAACGAAGAAUUAAUAUAAUAAAAUUCUAUACUUUUAAGAAAAAAUAGUGUAUAAAAUUAAGAUUAAUCAGAAAAAUUUUGA